CCCAAGCCCAGUUCUGCCAUAUCUCGCUAAUUUCGGACCCCAAGAAAACACGCAGACAAUUGAAGGUCAAUUGUCCCUCUGGACUCCAAACUUGGCGACGACAUGCAGGCACAAGAGACGUCGAAAGUGACAGCGGCCACGGAAGACGAUCGAAACGAGACUCAUGUUGAGGACGACAUGCGGGACGAUGAAGGAGAGAAUAAUAAGCUAGGCGAGUACGGGGAGGAAAAGGACAGCGAAGUCAACGAGGCAGAGGAGGACGGCGAAGACGAGGAGGAAGAGGACGCGCAAUCCGAAGAGCUUGUCGAAGAGCUCACCAAUCCCAUCAAGGAGGAGCUUCAAGACUUGCUCGACUCUUCCUUUGCGGUCGAAGGAACCUUUGCCUCCGUCAACUCGUGGAGUGCGACUCCUCAGCCUACUAUCAACGUUGACGGCUUUGGUGCAGUUGGGCUCCCUCUCAGCAUCCCUGAGGCUCAGCGCCUUUGUAAAGCAAUGAACCGCGCACCAUUUGGCAAAGGCGAACGAACCGUAGUAGACGUCGAGGUGCGAGAUACAUGGGAGCUAGACCCCAGCCACGUAACCUUCGAUAAUCCGAGAUGGGACCAGUGGCUAAUGAAGGAGGUAGUGCCCAGAGUCUGCUCUGAUCUGGGUACGACGAACAAGACGAUUCCAAGGCUUGAGUUCUAUAAAAUGUUGCUCUAUGAAACAGGCUCUCACUUUCUUCCUCAUCAAGACACGGAAAAAUCUCCAGGGAUGUUCGCCACGAUUGUCAUCAUCCUUCCGUCCCAAUUCGCUGGUGGUCAAGUCCGUGUGUCUCACGGUAAACAGUCUAAAGUAUUCGACUUCGCCUCCGCCAGCUUGACGGACACCACAGUCCUUUCUUGGUACACGGACGUCGUCCACGAGGUCAAACCCGUCACUUCGGGCUAUCGUUUCGCAUUAUCGUACAAUCUUAUUCAUACUCCAGCCUCCAAAUCUCAAGGUGGAGACGCCGUUUCAUCGCUUCCUCCAACAAUACCCGAACUCGACGGUCCCAUGGAACAACUGGAGCGCAUACUGAAGGCGUGGAAAUCUGCUGAUGCGCAUGGACUCGAUCCUGUCACCGAGGAGCCACCUCCAGUGAAGCUUGCGUAUAUUUUAGAUCACGAGUACUCGCAUGCGAACCUAUCCUUCGACAAGCUAAAGGGUCUUGACGCCGCGCGCGUCCUCAACCUUCGUGAUGUCUGCGCUCGAGUUGGUUUCAGGGUUGGGCUUGGAAGUUUGCAUUGCACACGAUCCGGAGUGUCGGAUGAUGACAUGGGAUAUUACGAGCGUCGGCAUUGGCACGAUGAGGAUGACGAAGACGAAGACGAGUGUAUGGGCGGAGGGUAUUCCAUGGCUGAAGUUAACUACACCACAAUUACAGUACAGCUCAUCGCUGGACCAAACGGCGAAUCGCUAGGAACAAAAGAGCAUCUGAGCGAAGAGGAGCUCAUGAUCGACGAGGACUACUGGGAAAAUGUAGGCCCUGAUGAUGAAGAUUAUGAAGGAUAUCAGGGUAACGGAGCUGGUUCACUCGAAUAUUUCUAUCAUCGGUCUGUCGCCCUCAUCUGGCCCGACACCAAGAAUACAAGCGUCAUCGCUUCGCUCGGCGGCAGUAAAGUAGCGAUUACGGCGUUGACCUCCUCUUCGUCCCUCGUGCCAACAAAGGAAGAGCUCGAUUUUGUCGAAAUUGCUGCGACGGUGGGCUCUGCAGCAGCAGGACAGCUCAUCGCCGAUUCCGCUGUUCGUUGGAAAGAUCCUGUUAUAUGGACCAAGGCCGUCGACUCGUGCCGGGCGGGGAGCGAUAUCGCAGUUUUUGGUACUAACCGGCUCGUACAAGCGUGCCAGACCUUUGCGUGGGCUGACGUUAUGCCUGUGAUGGAAAAUGUGAUCUCAAAUACGACUUCGACGUCUGAACGCCUGAGCUUCGUGGAGUCACUGGAGACUCACUUUGCCCACGAAGUAUCAACCCAGCCUCUUCCUCGUCCGCCAAGCAUUUGGUUCAAUAAUAAACGGACGCAGAUCCUCGGUUCUCUGCGGAAAGUUGAAGAAAAGGACAUAUCUUUCAUGGUCUCAGCUGCGACCACGUUAGGGGGACUGGCACACGUGAAAGAGCUUGUCUUUCCCCAGCUUAUGGCCCUCAAUCUUAAAUCAGAUUGGUGGCGCAAGUUCAUCCGUUACCUGGUCGAACGAAAGCGUACCCAAGACGAUGGUCAAUUAGAAGGAUGCACAGCAGCGUUGUAUGGAGCUGCCGUACCUGUGUUUGAGAAGGCACUCGCAGCUACGGGAUCCUUCCAGAAGCGCUUCACCUUUAUAGAUCAUCUUGACGGUCUGAUACGCGGUAGUGCUCAAUGGGCGGAAUGGUGUGAGAAAAGACGCGAGUGGGCUGUUCAGACUCUCCAGGCGCCAGCGGAAGAGGAUGUGCCUAUCUUGCUGAAGCUCAUAAAACGUGACAGUGGGCUUCUGCAAGGACGCGUUCUUCCCAAGCUCAAGGAUCACGUAUCUGUCAGCUUUUGGCUGGCAUUCCUGAAAGGUCUCGUUUCAGAAUCGAAAUCGGAGAACAAUGCUUUGCCCAGCGAUUGGACACAGUCGGUCCGUGAUGCAUUUACAGGACCCUUUUCACGCAUCCUCGGUCAAUAUAGAACGAACCAGCAAAUCUUGGAUACCCUGAACACGUUCGGCCACACUCUUCAUGGACAGCCUGACUUAUACGGCGUCGUCUCCGGUCAUAGGAAGUUAGCACUGGAAUCGUUGAAGCAUCCAGCAGUGGGCGAAGCCGCUCUAUUGGCUAAAGAGGUUCAGCGCAAACCGACCCUCGGGCCGUCGAUUAUUUUGCCUCAGCUCCGUACAUUCGCCUGCGGUUUGGAUUUCUGGAAAUCGUUCAUUCGUGCCGUUCACUCCCACACCGCCGCGAUCACUGAGCAUCGGUGGACUUCAGAUCAACUAACCGCAUUCCUGAAGGACCUUGUCGAAACUUCCAUCUCCCAGACCCGCGUUGACGCGAUCAAACCUCAAGCCCCUGUCAAUGUCUACAACUACGGCGUGUAUCCGAGGUCAACGCUUCACUAUCCAACAGCGCCAAGGACGCCCCCUUUGUUCAACGAUGUCAAUGACAUUCUCUCCCUUUGCAUCGAGACGAAUAACACCGCCUCUGCCCUUCACAUCCUGAAAAAGGUUCUCGCUGUCACCACCAACGAAGAAUCUAUCACGACCACCUUAGUUCCUCUGUUCCCCAUUGUCGUAUCAUUCCUCAAGUCGCAUAAUCUUUCCCGUGACACCUACCCCUUCGACUACUUCUUCCGAGAAGGCGUCAAAACCUUCACGGCGUACUUCAUAAAACCCAAACCGUCCCCAUCCAGAGCCGAGUGGAGAGGCGGGGGUUCAACAUGCUCUUGUAGCGACUGUCGCGAGGUCGGGAAACUUCUUCGAGGGUCAGGAAGUCAGGUCACAUGGCAUGCAGCUCUUGCAAGGAGAAAGCAUGCUGAAGACAGGCUACGCGGCCAGCCCGGACUGGCCUUUGAGACGGUCAAGGGCCCUUCGCCUCACGGGCUCAGAAUCACGAAGUCUGCAGUCUUCACCGAGGUCGCGGUAUGGAAGGACAGAAACCGAACUGCUAUGACGUUGCUUCAGAGCGUAGGGAGCGAGGCGAUACUGAAGAAAAUUUGGGCUUCGGAGGAUGGUGGGUUGGCAAAGAUGCUGGCGGCGAUUUCUGGGGACACGCAUAUAUCCAAGAAGGAGCUCGGCAUCAACCGCCCGAGCCAAGCGCAUCCCACUUCGAUGGCAGCGUCGUCAGGUCCGCAACCCAGUACGUCUUCUACGAGCACUACAUCACGACCUGCGGCAAGCUCUGUCAGCCACACCAAACGACACAUCCCACUGCCAAUCGUACCUCACCGUCCGGCAGGGUCUUCCAGCACUAAAGAACACACACGGCCAGGCAUGGGCUCGUCUCUCGCAUCAGAGGCACCUAUCACCGGCUCUUCAAACGGUGGUGCUGUAGCCUCCGGUUCACGAUCUAUUCCUCAGAAGCGCAAAGCGUACGGUCCAGUGGAUAUUGACCUCACACUAUCAGAUUCUGACUGACCGGGAGAGGCCUC